AUGGCCAACAGCAACCCCGUACUCGAGAUGGUGAUCGACGGCACGCUCAUGAGGCUCAUUCUCACGACAGACGUAGAUGGUAUUGUGGUUUGUGAAGAUGCCAGCACGUCACGCCGCGACUGGCUUAUGACCGACUCCGAGUUUGACACCGCUCGAAAGCGACUGCGGUACGAGCUGCACUGGGUCUCACCCCACGUACGGGAACAUGAUGUAGAAGUUCCUGCACUGAGCUUCAGCGGACGCGUCGCUGUUGGCUUCUUCAAGCUGGACAACCAGCAGAUGCGGAUGGUUGCAGUGGCCUACUAUCUGGGAAGCUUGGGCGCGAACGGCUUCAUUGGAGCUGGGUUCGUCUUCCACCCAGGCCAGCCGUCACUUUGGGAAUCGAUCCAGCAAGCAGAAGCGGACCACCUCGGCUACAUGCACCAUGGGUAUAGCCACUUGAAGCAGCAGCGGGCGGUGCAUAUCGGCACAAAUGACAUCAAGCUGGAUGAGAGCAGCGUCAUUGCAGAAGAUCUCGACCGAGACAAGUACGUCUGGAGCGAGCCAUUCGUCUCACUUGGCGACGACAGUGACGGUGGCUCAAACGCACAAGGAAUCUCGUUCCCGAUCCACGAAGCGCGCUUUGAGUGCAGCCUGCAAUCGGAUAGUGACGAGACGAAGACGCAGUCUGUUCAGCUGUUCGGGGAGUUUUCGAGUACUUGGGACGUUGUUGUGGACUUUAAUGUGCCGUGCCUCGAGCUUCCCAAGGAAUUCUACGACGCCUUGGCAGGGUGGGUUGGCCUCAAACUGGACUCCAGACUUGGUCUGUCAGAGAUCGCAGCUCCAGCAUCGGCCCUACCAGAUCUACUCUUCUCCCUUUCGUUCAACGGUCCUCCGCUCACUCUACCACUGCAGUCGCUUGUUCUACCAGAGCUGUCGUCGUCGUCAAGCGAUGAGAAUUCUACCAAAGUGUGCAUUCAGCGGUCUGGGUCCAUGGUGCAGAGGGGAACAGCCGCCUAUGCUGCAGUGACCACCUCGGCGGCGGAAGUCGCGCGACUGCACGGAGCGACUGGGAUCUCCGUGUACAACAUGAUCGAUUCGCCUAUCACUUUCGGUGUCAUGGCACUGGACGCCGUGGGGUCCGUCGUAUUCGACGACUCCACAAAGCGAACGGGCGUUUUGAAGCGCACAGUAAAUUCCGCGUCGGACGAUGGCAGUGGGCGAAGCGCUGCGACUUGCUUACAGCCACCAUCGUGUCGAGGCCAGCAAGAAUACAGCGCACACUGGAACGCUUGUCACGACCCGGACUGCUCCCAGUAUUACUUCCACAGCCUGGAUGAAGACACAAAAGACUGCGUGAUUGACUCGAGCUGGACGGUGAUGCUGGCUGCAACGAUAACGGUUUUCGUUGGGGCGGAGCUCUUCUUCUCCCUGUCGCUUCGAAGCCUCUCCCAGUCUAUCGUCUGCUGGCUGCACGAGAAUCGGUCGGAGGGCUGCACUACCGCAGCGAUGGACUACGCGACCAGUGAAGGACGCCUUGAUGCAGCCAAGUGGCUGCACGCGAACCGGUCGGAGGGCUGCAGCUCGAAUGCUAUAGUGAAGGCGGCGUCAAAUGGGCACUUAGGGAUGGUCAAGUGGCUGCACAAAGAGCUGGGUCAGCCUCUGUCGAGCGCUGCGAUGCUUGCGAGUGCUGCUCACGGCCACCUGGAGGUGGGCUAUCGUGACGGCUUUGAUGUGGAGAAUGCCAACUAG